GGCGGCUUGACCGGCGAUAAUUUUUCUGAACAACCAGAUAAAUCACUCAACAUGGGUCGCGAAUUGCAAAAGAAGAAGAACCGCUCGUCGACCGCGAAGAUCACGAAAAAGGCAAAGUCCAAGAAGAAGUUGUUGCAGAACCCCAUCAUCGCAGCAAACUGGAACCAAAAGGAAACGCUCAGCCAAAACUACCGUCGUCUCGGUCUUGUGUCCAAGUUGAACCACCCUACUGGCGGUGUUGAAAAGACAUCCAAGACUUUAGAAGAGGCCGCCAAUGGCCUUGCACCCGAGCCCACACCCGACAACCUCAACAUCAGCACAAAGCUACCCACUCAGAUCAACAUCUCGGAAGUGAAGAUUAGGAGAGACCCGGAGACUGGUGCCAUUCUGCAAGUUCUGGAUGAGAGAAAGGCCAACCCACUCAACGACCCUCUGAACGAUGUCGAGGACAAUGAUCAUGAAGGCUGGGAAGGAUUCGUCAAUGAGCACGGUGUCCUGGACGGAGCAAGACAAGGAGGUGACGCAAGAACAGAUGUGGUCAGACAACUCGAGGAACAGGCUUCACGACCCAUCAAGAAGGCGCCCAGAAAGCAGAGUGAGCGCGAGGAAGAGUGGAUUGAGAGACUGAUCCAGAAGCACGGCGACGACUACCUUGGCAUGGCUCGCGACAUGAAGCUCAACCCCAUGCAGCAAAGCGUUGGAGACCUCAAGAAGAGAGUCAAGAAGUGGAGCGCCAAGAACAAGGCAUGAUGAGAUUGUAGACUGGAUGCUGUAUUUGGUAUGCAUAGCGAAGGCGUUGGCAGGCACUGGAUCGACUUUUUAAACAAUGGAAAUAUCAAUGGAGGCAUCUCAUUCAGUAUCGUACAGAAUCAAAGGGUCAUUAAACGUCAAGACUCAGGCACCUUUUCCACCUCUCUCAUCCUGCAUGCCAAUGACUACAUCUGGAGCCUCGGGGUUCUCCUGCUUGGCCUUUGCGGUGCUGUUGUUGGCAUCUCUGCGCUGAGUGGCAGUACCACCCUCGCCACGGCUCUUUGACCUGAGGGAACGUCAGUCAUGUUUGGAUCCCUGUACAAGGUGGAACACAUACUCUUGGCCUUUGGCGGCAGUGUCGCUCUGAAUGUCCAGCUUGUCCUU